GUUGAAUUGAGAAGUACUGUAGUGUAAUCUAGGAACACGUCACAAAUAAGUUUCAUAGUGUUUCAGUCUCGGCAUGCAUGCAUAAACCGAGUUAAUUGCAUUCCCAGUUGGUCAUAGAGUUUAGAUCAAUGGAUAGAUCGAGUCUGUUGACAUUGAGACUCAUUGCAAACUGCACUGAGGCAAAGAAGGCAUGGAAGAUUCUCGAGACAACUCACGAAGGGGAUGAGAGAGUUAAGACAGCAAAAUACCAAAUUCUCAUGACAAAACUUGAAAAUCUCCUAAUGGAAGAUAAGGAAAGCAUUAUUGAAUUUCAUGGCAGAGUGAGAGACUUGGCAAAUGAAGCAGAACGACUUGGAAGACCUUUUGAAGAAGACAAUCUUGUUCUAAAGGUUCUGCGUGCCCUACCAGAAAGCUACUCAGUUGAUGCCAAGGCCAUACGUCAAGCACAUGAACUGAAAAGGAUGACACUAGAUCAACUGAUGGGAAAUCUUGAAACCAUCGAACUGGCCAUGUCAGAAGAGCAAAAGAAGAAGAAGACUGAGAAACAAACAGCGUUUCAGGUUGGUGAUCUAGACCUAGAAGACGAUCUCAUAUCAGAUGAUGACUUUCAAGAACACCUCUCCCUGGUUACCAAGCAGUUUACAAAAAGGUGGCUUCAAAGGAAAGGGAAACAAGCUCUCAUACAAGAUCCACAGAGAGGUUCACAAUCCAGGAUGGUGAAAGAAAAAGAAUUCAGGAUGCAACCAUCAGAAUCAAGAAGAAAGGGACCACAAUGCUUCGAAUGUGGUGGUUUCGGUCAUAUUCAGACAGAAUGCGCCAACAACAUGAAAAAGAAGAGGCAUGCUUUUGCCUCAACAUGUAGUGAUGAAGAACCAGACACUGGAGAUACUGAUGGAGAAAGUAACUGCGCCUUUGUCACAUUAGAAGUACAAGAAGAUUCUGAAGAGCAACUAAGGAUACUCCAAGAAAAGUGGAGUGAUUUGCUUGAUAUUAACAAGAGGAAUGUAUCUGAAAAUAUCCUCUUAAAAACUAAACUGCAGAUCUGUGAACAAACUAUUGAGAAGCUGCAAAAUGAGCUGAAUCAAAAGGAAACAGGAAAUGCAAAUCUGAGGCAUGAGCUUGAUCAUCACAUGAAGUAUCAGAAGUGGAUGAAUAAAGCAGGAGCUGGAAUUUCACAAGAAUGGAUGCUGAGCACAAAGGCAAAAGCUAUUGAGCAGCAAGUUGACAUCUCCAAGAUGUAUGGAGAUAGAACCGGGCUGGGUUAUCCAAAAGAAGAAUCUGUUGGAGUUGGUGCCUUUAUGGCCAACUGCUGUUGUAAUAUCUUAGAUAUUUUCUAUCAUGUAAAGGCAGAUGCAUUAAGUAUACAAACAUCUCAUGCUAAUUUGUUCGGCCAAGAGAAGAGAGGAGCAGCAUAAUAUUUGAGUUCCAAAAGUUAUUAUUUUGGGUGUAGAUAAUUGUUAUAAUAUUUUCUCCAAAAUAUUAUUGAUAUAUUUUCUACUAUUUAAUAUACAAGAUUUAUAUUAUCUCUAAAAUAAUCUUUAUAUCAAAUAUACUAUUAUAAUCUUUACUAGCAUAAAGAUUAUAGUAGACUCUGGAGAUUGUUCGUGUGUCAAAGUUGGAGGCCGGACGCUUGAACGGCUACGUUUGCUCCUUCACCACCUUUUGCUCGACUUCUCGUUCAUACCGCUUUACCGGAGAAGGUAUAAGUUUCUAUCUCUAGCUAUAGUUUUAGUACGUGUUCUUGGGCUAGUAAUUACUAUUGGGAGAUUAAAUUUUUGUAUUUCCGCUGCUCUCCCUACCGUGGUAACCUUUCAGUGGUAUCAAGGCAACGUACAAAACUAUAGUUUUUCGUAGAACUUUUUCGGUUCAAAAUUAUUUUUUAACUUGGUAAUUAUUUGUUAAUUUCGAAAAUUAGUAAAAUGAUUUAUUUUAGUCUUGGAAUAAAUAUUAGACUUAAAU